AGCUGCACGAGUAGUUGUUCUGUGAUCGUCUACCUUGCAGGCUGAUGUUGUUUGGAGGAAGAAGAGGGUCCUCCUGAAUUUGGAUUUCCUCCUAAAGAAACAUCUGCGAGCAUUUUACGGACAAGGAGCACUGCUUCCUCCUCAGUAUGGAGAAGUACGAGAAGAUUGGGAAGAUUGGAGAGGGCUCGUACGGAGUCGUCUUCAAGUGCAGAAACAAAGACACGGGCCAGAUCGUCGCCAUCAAGAAGUUUGUCGAGUCAGAGGAUAAUCCCAUCAUUAAAAAAAUUGCACUGAGGGAGAUCAGGAUGCUCAAGCAACUGAAACACUCCAACCUGGUGAAUCUGAUCGAAGUGUUUCGACGCAAACGGAAGCUUCACCUGGUCUUCGAGUACUGCGAUCACACCGUCCUCAACGAGCUGGACCGCCAUCCCAGAGGCGUCCCAGAGCAUCUUGUUAAAAGUAUAACCUGGCAGACGCUUCAGGCCGUCAACUUCUGCCACAAACAGAAUUGCAUCCACAGAGACGUCAAGCCGGAGAAUAUUCUCAUCACCAAGCAUCAAGUCAUCAAACUCUGCGACUUUGGCUUUGCCAGGAUACUCAGUAUAACGCGUUAUACUCGCUAUUCGCUGUGUGAUUAUGUUCCAGGAGAUCUGAUUCCUCGACACCAGCAGGUCUUCAGCAACAACCAGUUCUUCUGUGGAGUAUCCAUUCCAGAGCCACAACAGAUGGAAUCUUUGGAGCAAAAGUAUCCAAACCUCUCACAUCAAACUCUGAGCCUGAUGAAGGGCUGUCUGCGGAUGGACCCGUCUGAGCGGCUGACCUGUGAGCAGCUCCUCCAGCAUCCGUACUUCGACAGCCUGAGAGAAAGAAACGAGAGCACAUCUCGACAGCAGGACCGCUCCGGCAACAAAAGGACACGUUUACCUCGCAGACACGUUCCCCCCGGGGUGAGCAGCCUUCUGUUCCAAUGAUAAAGAUGACGUACCAUA